CUUUUUUUUUUUUUUAACUUGAGGACUGACAACUUGAUAUCAGACUUGCUAAUGAGCAAAGACUGGGAGCCUUUGUCGCCUGUCAUUCUUUGCGCUCCAGGUCCAUCUAACACAGCAAGCAGAGCUCAGCAGGCAACCUUCUUCCUGUCUGCUCCCUGGGAAAUAAGGGGAGGAUCCAGAAGUAUCAUUUGACAUUGAAGAUAGCCUAUCUCCUGUGUAAAAAAAAAAAAAAAAAAAAAAAAAAGAAAGGAACAAAGAAAAAAGAAGCUGAGACUUCAGGAAGCAGCAGCUGGAUGGAAAAAGUGAUACCAGCAGCUGCCUUUGCAGACUCCAAUUCCAGCAUCAUGAAUACGUCUUUUACUCACCUCCACUUUGCCGGGGGUUAUCUGCCUUCUGACUCUAAAGACUGGAGGACAAUCAUCCCAGCGCUCCUGGUGGCAGUCUGCCUUGUGGGCUUCCUAGGGAACCUGUGUGUGAUUGGCAUCCUCCUUCACAGUGCCUGGAAAGGAAAGCCAUCCUUGAUCCACACCUUGAUUCUGAAUCUCAGUCUGGCUGAUCUCUCUCUCCUGUUCUCUGUGCCUAUCCGAGCAACAGCGUACUCCAGAGGCGUUUGGGAUCUGGGCUGGUUUGUUUGCAAGUCCUCUGACUGGUUCAUCCACAUGUGCAUGGCAGCCAAGAGUCUAACAAUGGUCGUGGUGGCCAGAGUGUGCUUCAUGUAUGCCAGAGAGCCCGCCAAGCAAGUCAGUAUCCACAGAUGCACCAUCUGGUCAGUGCUGGUGGGCAUCUGGGCUCUGGCUAGCCUGCUCCCCCUGCCGGAAUGGUUCUUCAGCACCACCAGGCACCUUGCAGGUGUGGAAAUGUGCCUUGUGGAUAUACCCACUGUGGCUGAAGAGUUCAUGUCAAUGUUUGGUAAGCUCUAUCCUCUCCUGGUAUUCUGCUUCCCAUUACUCUUUGCCAGUUUUUAUUUCUGGAGAGCUUAUGGUCACUGUCAAAAACGAGGGACUAAAACUCAAAAUUUUAGAAACCAGCUGCGCUCCAAGCAACUCACAGUGAUGUUGCUGAGCAUUGCCAUCACCUCGGCUAUCCUAUGGCUUCCGGAGUGGGUAGCAUGGCUGUGGCUAUGGCACCUGAAAGCCGGCAGUCCGACCCCACCACAAGGUUUUAUUGCCCUGUCUCAAGUUCUAAUGUUUUCCAUCUCUUCAGCAAACCCUCUCAUUUUUCUAGUGAUGUCAGAGGAGUUCAAGGAAGGCCUAAAAGGUUUAUGGAAAUGGAUGAUAACCAAAAGACACUCAACUGCCCCGGAGUCUCAGCAAACACCAGCAGGUAAUGCUGAGGUCCUUCCUGACCAAGUUCCACCUUCAGAGAAAGAGAAAACUUGCUCUCCCUCUUCCAGCAAAGAGAAAGCAGAGGUUCCCAUCCUGCCUGAUGUAGAGCAGUUUUGGCAUGAGAGAGACACAAUUCCUUGCAAACAAGACAAUGACCCCACCCCCUGGGAACAUGAAGACCAAGAAACAGGAGACUAUGAUAAAGAUUAA